AUGUCGACUGGCGUGCCCUACAUUGGAAGCAAGAUCAGCUUAAUUACAACCUCGGACAUAAGAUACGAGGGGAUGCUCUACUCGCUGAACAAGGAGGAGUCUACUAUUGCAGUCCAGAACGUCAGAUCCUUUGGAACAGAAGGACGGACAGAUGGCGCUCGAGGGCAGCAUGAAGUCCCCAUGUCGAAUGAGAUCUAUGAUUUCAUUAUCUUCCGAGGCAAAGACCUGAAGGACCUCACGGUGCUCCAGGGAUUGGCUGAACACGAAAGACAAAACAAUGUGUCAGCCAGGCCGCCGGCUACGCCUGGCUACGGUCCAACUCCCACCCGGGAAAACUACAUGGGAAUGGGAACUUGGAAUGGAGGCCAUUCGACCUACAACAAGCACAGCAUCGAGUACGAAACAGGUCCUGGAGUUUAUCCUCGAUCUGGAAAUGAUGCAGGUCUAAGCAAUUUGAGUUCGAGUGCUGCAGCAUACAGGCAACCGCCUGCCAGCCUGGCGAGGAAUGGCUACGCCCCUGCUGGCCAUGGUGCAGCACAACAAGGUGCCCUGGGCAAUGACCUUGACAUGGGCGGCUACUUGUCCAGCUCUGCGAGCCGGCCAGCGGUUGAGAAGUCCUACGGUCAGGUUCGCGCAGAAGCGCCACCGCAAAGCAGACAAUCUUAUGAAGGGCCACAUGCACCUCCGGGCUACGCCCCUGAGCGUGGCACGCACUAUGAGACCGAGCUACCGUCCCGAGGAGGUGCUCGCGAAGAUGUCAAGGGAAGUGGGCUUGGUCCCCGACCGCCUGGUGCAAUGGAGACCAAGGAGCCUGCUGCGAACCUGUCAAAUAGACAGGACCGCAGUGCGCAUGGCUAUUCACCAGGCGAGGGCAAGGGUGCCCGAGUCCCUGAGGCAACUGGACCAAGCCAUUUUGGCGCUGACAAAGGCCGAGGCCGUGGUGGCAAAGGUGGGCAAAAACAGCCCCUCCACGAGGUUCUUAAGCAACACAAGAAAGCUGAAGAAGCAAUCGUCAAGCAGAUGCGCAGCCAAGGUUCUGCUGCGAUCAACUCCCAUGACCUGAGAGCAAUGAGCGAGACGACUCUGCCCAUCUACCAUUUGUACUUGGACUUUACCAACUACUGUAGUACAGGUCCAGGAAGUCAGCAAAUGAGCGACGAGCAGAAUUGGGAUGCUCUGCCAGUGCCCUAG